GAGAACAAAUAAGGCCGUGACGCAGCGGCGCCGCUGCCGCCGAGCAGGAAAGGCCUUCGCCGGGUGCAGCGAGCGGAGCAGGUGAGCAGCAACCGGGGGGUGGACGACGACCCGGGACGGCUCUGCAGGGCGAUCCCCAUCGGGAAGGGUCCCACCUGCUGCCCGGCCGGCGCCAGGUGCGCCUGCAUCCGCCAGCCUGGCAGGUGAGGAGGAGCAGAGGCAGCAGGAGGCCCGGGACUGGGCGGAGGCUCCCGUAGGGCAGCGCCAUCGGCCCGCGUCCGCCUCCGGGAGCCUAACCUCCAGCACCUGCCUCAGGGUGUCUAACCGCGAGCAGCUGUCCCGGGUGCCUUUUUUGGGAUCGGCUGAGCAUCCGCACAGGUGCUUCCACUAACCCAGGCGCUGCUCUGCCUUCGGGAGAGCGGGGAGCUGUCCAGGGUGGGGCAAGUGCUGAGCCGAGGCGGCCUCCUCCUGUCUUUAAUAUUUGGGGGACGGGGACAGGUAUUUUGUCCCAAGGGCAAAAAAAUGGAAAGGGGAAAUCUUGUGGUUCAAAUUGGAUGGGGGGUUUGUCUUCAAUGGGGAAAAUAACACUCGGCCAGAGCCCCAGAUUUGCAUGCAGAUGGAUGCAGGUUCAAUUCCCAGGUAAAGAUGGUGGAGAAUCUACCUGAAACUUUGGAGGACUGCUGCCAACCAGUGUAUGGAAUGCUGAGCUGGAUGGACCAACGGUCUGACUCGGUCUAAGGCUUCCUGUGUGACUUCACUUGUGUUUAAUUUCAACAUCAGUCUUCUUAGCCUCUUGCUUUCCUUCCUCCUCCCAUACUCACAGUUGGUUACCCAAAACGCCCAUCUCUGCCACUGACUUCCACCGCCAGCGGAGACGUUUCUGUCCACCGCCCUGAAAUUGUGAUCCAAAACAAGCCCCCGUUUUCUGGGAGGUGUGGCAAAAGCGGUGCAUCGGAGCAUGUGCAGAGUUCCGCUCCUGUCCUGUCAGCUUGAAGAGCUGACACCCCUUUGCGCACCGGGGGUCAAAGGCAGCAGUUUCUGGGGAAGGAAGGCAUAAACCUGAGGCAGCUCUGAGCUCCAGCACCUCUCCCCGCCCCUGUUUAAAAAGGGAGCACUGCUCACCAGUUCAUUAAGGCAAAAGGGGGGCACUGACCCACAAACCUCAGCCUCACCUCCCUGCCUUCUUAGUGCCAUCCAGUCCAAGGAGUGGCAGCACCUCCUGUCAGCUCCUUCCUCCUUAGUCUUUCCUGUUGCCUUUGUAGAACCUAGCAGGGAGAAAGGGGGGAAGAAAACUAGCCUGAGUUGGCUCUGUCUGUCACUGGCUCUGGCGCCCCCUACUGUUGGGCUCCCUGCCUUCCGCCCUACCAAUCCCGGUGGGCACCAGUCGUCACUUGUCCAAUUUGGGGCAAGGGGGAAGGGGGGAGAGGGACCAUUUUAGAUCUAGGGUCAAACUAGAUGUGACAUAGAUUGUGCCCUGCAUGUCAGAGGGGUCCCUUGGGGAUAUGUAAAACACACACACACACAACCUUGACUCAGGGCUAGACUCUUUUGACAUCAAGGCCUUCGACAUAUUUUCCCAGAGGGUUUUUUGUUUUUGUUUUUGUGAACAUAUGCCUAAGUGUGGGGAUUUGAGGCAGGGGGCGACCUUUUCAGUGGGGAGGAGGGAAUUCACAGUUUGCAGAAUACAUGGAAUAUGGAAAAAAAGAGAUAUUCAAUAUUCAUCUGUAAAAAGAGUCAAUUUUAAGAGCAUUUUAACGUGUAUAAAUAUACACGUAGAUACACAUAAUUUAUAAUCCAAGAAAUAUGCUUGCUUCUCCUGAGAAAUAAACACAUGUAGUCUAAUAGGUGGGCAGGUGGCAACACUUCCUCAGUUGCGGGGGGUUGGACUUGAUGACAAUUGCGGGUCCCUUCCAACUCUAUUUCUGUGAUUCCCUAAAUGACGCCCCCAAGCACAUAAUUCCCUGCUUUAAAAAAAAAAAUUGUUUCAACAUUUUUAACAUAUGCAGUCAAAACACAAUUUUGUAUUUUCUCUUUUUCUUGUCGACCUCCCACCCUUUUUCCAUGGAGUUGUUUUUUCUCCCCUUCUUCUACACCCAGUCUUCUUCAUGCCUGCUUUGUUGACAUCCCUGCAGCCCCAACCACCCAAGCUGCUAUUAUUGUUGAGAUAGGAAUAGAUGCUAGGAGAGGAUAUAUUUAUAAGGUAUUAUCCUUCCUUCCUUCACAUGUGCAAUUUCAGCAGAGUGCCGCCCCUUUGUAGCUUGAACGGAAGCUUAGAUAGUCUACUUUUAGCUUUUCAGUUUAAGUAAUCCAGAGUGCUUUAAGGCAGAGUGGACUCUCCUGGUAUUUCCUCCUCCCCACAUCCCUCAAACAAUAAUCACACAAACAGUUUCGUAAAAUGUAAAAUAUAACAUUUACUUACUCAGAGAAGUAACAGAUUCAGGAGGCUUAAAAUGGUAAUUCAGUUACAAAGGCAUACCUAAGUUGAGCUCAAAAUGUGGUUUGAGCUUGGAGCUCAGACUAAGCAGAUGCUCUCACAUUGCUGACACAGUGGGAAAAAGUGGAAAGAGAUGGAAAAGAGGACAUACCCACGCAGGUAAAGGUAAAUGUACCCCUGACCAUUAGGUCCAGUCGUGGACGACUCUGGGGUUGCGACGCUCAUCUCGCUCUAUAGGCCAAGGGAGCUGGUGUUUGUCCGCAGACAGUUUCUGGGUCAUGUGGCCAGCAUGACUAAGCCACUUCUGCAAAACCAGAGCAGCGCACGGAAACGCCGUUUACCUUCCCGCCGGAGCGGUACCUAUUUAUCUACUUGCACUUUGACGUGCUUUCGAACUGCUAGGUUGGCAGGAGCAGGGACUGAGCAACAGGAGCUCACCCCAUCGCGGGGAUUCAAACCGCUGACCUUCUGAUCAGCAAGCACUAGGCUCUGUGGUUUAGACCACAGUGCCACCCGCAUUGAAUAUAUAGAAAUGCCCACCCCCUGUCAGGGCACUGUGGAAGUGUCUCUCGCAGAGUUCUUUCCAGCAAACUUACAGAAAAGCACUGUCAGCUUCAGCUCCUAUCAUGUGCCUAUCUAGCAAAACAUGAAUGGUUGGUUUGACUUCAUUUUAAACAUCACACAAUAAUUGCUGAGGAUUCUUCCCUUGGGAAAGAGUUUUCUUUCUUCAGGCAAACUGGUCCCCAGUUACCAAGGGGCAGUCUCCAAUCUUCUGGCCCCAAUCCCAGGUCAACAGCUUUCUUUGGAUGACGACCUUGCCUUUUGUGUCAGUCUUUCUAAAAAAAACAAAACGGUGUUAAGUGUGUAUGGUUGUGUCCGUGCUAUUCUGCAAGCUUCACAGGAAUAUAGGAAGCAGUCUUCUACUGAGUCAGAACCGUGGGCCCACCUAGCUUGGCAAUGCCUGCACGGACUGGCAGCAGCUUUAGGGAAGUUUCUCUCCCAGCCCUACCCGGAGAUGCCCUGGGCGACUGAACUUGCAUGCACAGCAGAUGCAUUAUAUUCAUUAUAGCCUUUUAAAUACAUUUGCUGCCCCUCAUCUAUGAAUGGAGAAUUCUUCCAUUUUGGACCGCAGUGCGUGGAGAGUUGUAACCUUCCUGUUUAUGCUCAGAUGCACAGAAGCGCAGGACAGAAAUUCAAUCCAAUGCUGUUCCCUUGAAAGGAAGAAAAAAAAAUCCAGGAACAAAAAUGGAGGCAGUAAAGGGUUAAUAUCCACCGCCCAUGCACUUUCUGCAAUUGACAUUUGAAGAAGUACAAAAAAUGAGUGUUCGUUAUUGUUUGGAGAAUUGCUCUGCUGUUUACACAGUGGCCUUGGCUUCUCAUGUACUUGCUUAUAUUGCUAUCCCUUUUUAUUGGGUUCUGUCUGUGAUCUGUCUUUUCGUUCUUUAUGCUGAGUCAGGCCAUUGGUCCAUCUAGCGCAGUGUUUCUUACUCUGACUGGCAGCUGCUCUCCGGGGUUUCAGUCAGGGAACGUUCCAAGUUUUACCUGCAGAUGCUGCCAUUAGGGAUUGCUGCCACCUGGGGCCUUCUGCUUGCAAGACAAAGGUUCUGUCACCAAGCUAUGGGCCUUCAACCUCGUCCUCUUGGAUUUAAGUGUCUUGAAGGGUGUGUGUGAGAGACAGAUGCAUCCUCAUAUCAAAACACCAAGCCGUGAGUGGAAAGGCUUCCAAGGCUGUGUGCAUUCCUAAAAACUGCUAAUAGUUCCUUUAAAAAAUAAAGUUGAACAGCCAGUGCAAGACAGGUUGUUACAGAGCAGGUAAAGAGAAAAGGGAAAAAAGUAUUCCACAGUACAGUGGUAAGGUAAAGGUAAAGGGACCCCUGACCAUUAGGUCCAGUCAUGACCGACUCUGGGGUUGCGGCGCUCAUCUCACUUUAUUGGCUGAGGGAGCCGGCGUAGUACAGCUUCCGGGUCAUGUGGCCAGCAUGACUAGGCCGCUUCUGGCGAACCAGAGCAGCGCACGGAAACGCCAUUUACCUUCCCACCGGAGCGGUACCUAUUUAUCUACUUGCACCUUGACGUGCUUUUGAACUGCUAGGUGGGCAGGAGCAGGGACCAAGCAACGGGAGCUCACCCCGUCGCGGGGAUUCGAACCGCCAACCUUCUGAUCAGCAAGUCCUAGGCUCUGUGGUUUAACCCACAGUGCCACCCGCACAGUACAGUGGUAUCUCAGGUUAUAUACGCUUCAGGUUACAUACGCAUCAGGUUACAGACUCCACUAACCCAGAAAUAAUACCUCGGGUUAAGAACUUUGCUUUAGGAUGAGAACAGAAAUCGUGCUCUGGCGGUGCAGCGGCAGCAGGAGGCCCCAUUAGCUAAAGUGGUGCUUCAGGUUAAGAACAGUUUCAGGUUAAGAACGGACCUCCGGAACGAAUUAAGUACUUAACCCGAGGCACCACUGUACAGAAUAUAGGGCAGCACACAAGAGUAUAAGUGUGCAGUGGCAGAGGGUCUCUUGUGCUUUUGUUCCUGCAUGCUGAAGGCAAGCUAUGAUAGUGAAAAUGAGUUUCUACACUGAAAUCCUAUGUGUGCUGGGCUCCCUCUCCAAUCUCCCCCUUCCCCCAGGGCCUCGCACAACCAGCUUGGAAGGAAAACUUUCCGCACAGGAACACUCUAGCCCAUCAAACAGGAUAUUUUAAAAAGCCAAACCUGUUCUGCAGGAACUUAGGCACAGUGCCCCUGGUUUGCUUCUAUUCAACUUCCAACCUCCAGCCCCAAUCUCUGCCCCAGCUGGCUUCUACAGCUGGUCAAAGCCCUGAUGAGCACCUCUGAUUUCACAACCCUUUCCUUCCUCACUUUUGCCCAGGAGUCGGAGACGCUUCUGCCUUCCCCUCCGUCCUUCGCGGCAAGAUGGUGACCCGCCUCCCUCGCUCGGCGGACCUGGCCCGCUUCUGCCAGAAGCUCAACCGGGUCAAGACCCUGGAGGACGACAUGAUGGAGACGUCCUUCAACCGCUGCCUCACCACCGUCGACUUGGCGCUCCUUGGCAUCGGUGCCAUGGUGGGCUCCGGCCUCUACGUCCUCACGGGCACAGUGGCCAAGGAGACGGCUGGGCCGGCCAUCGUCGUGUCCUUCAUCAUCGCUGGCAUUGCCUCGCUGCUGGCUGCCCUCUGCUAUGCUGAGUUUGGCGCUCACGUGCCCAAGACAGGCUCGGCCUACAUGUUCACCUAUGUCUCCGUAGGUGAGAUCUGGGCCUUCCUGAUUGGGUGGAACGUCAUCCUGGAGUACAUGAUAGGUGGAGCGGCUGUGGCAAGGGCCUGGAGUGGCUACCUGGAUGCUAUCUUUGACCACCGGAUCAAGAACUUCACAGAGACUCAUGUGGGCAGCUGGCACAUCCCCUUCUUGGCCCAUUAUCCAGACUUCUUGGCCUUUGGCAUCCUCCUUGUGGCCACGGCCUUCAUCUCCUUCGGCGCCCGCGUCUCCUCCUGGCUCAACCACGUCUUCUCUGCCAUCAGCAUGGGGGUCAUCCUUUUCAUCCUCAUCAUGGGCUUCGUCCUGGCCCGGCCUCAAAACUGGGGGGCUGCCGAAGGGGGGUUCGCUCCGUACGGCGUCUCGGGGAUCAUGGCCGGCUCGGCCACCUGCUUUUACGCCUUUGUGGGCUUUGAUGUCAUCGCCACCUGCAGCGAGGAGGCCCGCAACCCACAGAGGGCCAUCCCAAGAGCCAUUGCUAUCUCGCUGAGCCUCGCCACGGGAGCCUACAUCCUGGUUUCCAUGGUGCUGACGCUCAUGGUGCCCUGGCACUCUUUGAAUCCCGACUCGGCGCUGGCCGACGCCUUUUACCAGAGGGGCUAUUCCUGGGCUGGCUUCAUCGUGGCUGCCGGGUCCAUCUGCGGUGAGUCAGAGCUGCAUUUCCAGCAUGUGGGCUUUUUCUAAACCAGGGAUGAGGGAGCUUUCUUUCAGCCUGAGGGCGGCAUUCCCUCGUGUGUGACUUUCCGGGGGCCGCACACCACUGGUGGGCAGGGCCGGAGGCAAAAGUGGGUGGAGGAAUGGACAGAACUCUCCACGCUAGCAAAAAGGCUUUGAUGCCGUUUUGGAAGACAUUCCAGCCAGAUAAAAGCACUUAAGAAGUGCAGGGCUGGUGGGGGCUUUGGCCUGGGAGACGGCAGAAUCAUGCCACACAUACAGAAUCAUACCCCAUUAAAUGCACAUGGCUUCCCCCCAAAGCAUUCUGGGAGCUCUCAUUUGUUAAGGGGGCUGAGAAUUGUUAGGAGAACCCCUCUUCUUCUUUGGCGAUCACUCGUAGCCGAGUAAGAUUGUUUUCCAUGAACACAGUCUUAGCAGUGAGUCCAUAAGUGACUGUGGAGGCCAAUUCUGGAUUCACACUUCCUUCCACAGUGGGGAUAUAGAUUUCCGGGCGGGAGUUGAUCAUGGAGAGGGUUUGCCAAGCGUGCCUUCCUCUUAGCACAUUUCUCCCUUCGGUCCUGAGUUCAAGUGUCUUCAAACUCCAAGACACCUUUGGUAAAGACCGUUCUCCAAUUGGAGCGCUCGCAGGCAAGUGUUUCCCAAUUGUCGGUGUUUAUACUACCUUUUUAAAGAUUUGCCUUGAGAGAGUCUUUGAAUCUAUUUUGUUGACCACCAGCAUUACGCUUUCCAUUUUUUAAGUUCCAUUUUUAACAGCCACAACAACCGUGUGGGGUAAGUUAAGCUGUAAGAGGUCAAAACUAGUACUCUGAAUUGGGUCCGGAAAGUAAUUGGUAGCCAGUGUAGUCGGAGCAGAAUAGGUGUAAUAUGUUCAAACCAUCUUGCCCCAAUGAGCAACCUGGCACUGAAUUCUGCACCAGCUGAAGUUUCCGAACCAUCUUCAGAGGCAGCCCUACAUAUAACGCAUUGCAGUAAUCUAACCUUGAGGUUACCAGAGUAUAGACAACAGUAGUUAGGCUAUCCAUGUCCAGAUAGGGGUGUAGCUGGGCUACCAGCCAAAGCUGAUGGAAGGCCACUGGGCCACUAAGGCCACCUGAGCCUCGAGCGACAGCAGAUAAUAAUAACAGUUGUUGUUGUUGUCUUGGCUCACUGGGUGACAUAACGUGAUGGCUGCUGUGACCUAUGGAUGCCUUUUGCCUUUAUGGGUCUAAGGUGCUAGCCGGCUACAUUAAGGGAUGGGGUGGGUCCUCUGUUUUGGCUUCCCUACUCCAUCCCUCUAGGGCCAGGGCCUUGCAGAGCCAGGCAGCGGCCCGGGCCAGGUAGAUAAUGUUUUAUCCCUUUGUUUUACCCUGGGGAUAACUGAAGUCUUAUAAAUAAGUAAGUAUAUAAAUAAUUUUCACAAAAGUUAUGCUGACAAAUAAUUUUAUUUCAAGGCUUGAACCAUAUCUGCAUAUAAAGACAAAAUGGAAAAUAUAGAUAUACAAUAGCGCUUUUUAAAAAUACAUAGGGGAAAGGAUUAUUUUAAGUGAAUAUGCUGACCGAGGCCCCCUUUGGAAUUGGAGGCCCGGGCCAAGUGGCCCAUAUGACCCCACCCCCCCACCCCCCGUCUGGGCCUGCCCAGGGCUGUCCUGCUCCUCCAGCAAGCUUUAACAGGGACUGCCUGCCUUGUGGGUGGCAUCUCUCUGGCUCACCUGCCCUUUCCCUUUCUUCUCACUCUCUCUAGCCAUGAACACCGUUCUCCUCAGCAACCUCUUCUCUCUCCCUCGCAUCGUUUACGCCAUGGCAGAGGACGGGCUCUUCUUCAAGGUCUUCUCGCGUGUCCACCCUCGGACGCAGGUCCCCGUGGUGGCCAUUGUGGUCUUUGGCGUCCUCAUGUCUCUCCUGGCCCUCAGCCUGGACCUGGAGGCUUUGGUCCAGUUCCUGUCCAUUGGCACCCUCUUGGCGUACACCUUUGUGGCUGCCAGCGUGAUCAUUCUGCGCUUCCAGCGGGUCAAGACGGAGGAAGCUUCCAGCGCAUCCGCCAGGAGUGAGGCUUCUGCCCCGGCGUCCACCGAGAGCAUUGGUGCCACAGAAUCCAAGGAAUACGAGUCUUUCUCAGAUAAGCUCCACCUGGUGGGCAAGGAGAAGUCAAAAAACAGGCGAGAAGGGGGGCAGAUGAAGGCCUUUUUUGAACCCUACCUGGGCUUCCUGGCUGACUUCGACCCUGGCGAAGUGGUCACGGUGGCCGUGAUCAUCCUCAUGGUGUCAGCAAUCUGCUUAUCCUCCAUCCUGGUGUUUGGGCAGAACCAGCUCCACCUCCCCACUUGGAGCUACGCCUUGCUGGUCCUCCUCUUCAGCCUGGCCUUCGUGUUCAGCGUGGUCCUCAUCAGCGUUCAUCAGCAACAGCAAAGCACCCAGACAUUCCAGGUAGAGAUGGGGGAGAGAUUUGACACCGUUUGCAUUUAUUAUUAUUAUUAUUAAUUGUAUACUGCCCUAUACCCGUAGAUCUCAGGGCUGUUCACAACACAAAGCUGCAAUAUGCGGAGCACAAAAUACAUAAUAAAAAUAAUCAAAACGAUUAACAGUGCUAAUGUAUACACACUAAUGAACAAUACCCUCCCCAACGAAAGCCCCUAGACAAUACUCCAGCCCACAUGUACAAAAAUCUAAAUUAACAUGUAACAUUCAACAAUGAUUUAAAACAACCCCACCCUCCAAAUAAAACAGUAUUGUCCAUAUUCCCAGAGCCGGCACACGGAGCCGGCCUUGCCCAGCGAGCAAAGAAGAGAGCUUAAAAACUCUUGGGAUGCCCAGUAUCUUCAAGCAGGUAUGGUGCAGAAAAAGAGCUUUUAAGCUGCUUGCCUUGCUUAGGUUUAACUUGCUCCGUUUUAAUUACCGUAUUUUUCGCUCUGUAGGACGCACCUUUUCCCCUCCAAAAAUUAAGGGGAAAUGGGUGUGCGUCCUAUGGAGCGAAUGCAGGCUCCUUGGCUUCAGCGAUAGCAACGUGAAGCCUCCGAAGCGCAGAGGGAGCGCUCCCUCCGCGCUCCGGAGGCUUCGUGCCGCUUUUGCUGAAGCCUGGAGAGCGAGAGGCGUGGGUGCACACCGACCCCUCUCACUCUCCAGGCUUCAGCAAAAGUGACACAAAGCCUCCGGAGCGCAGCGCGAGUUCCCGCUGCAUUCUGGAGGCUUCAGGUUCCUUUCACUGAAGCCAGGAGAGUCUUGCUGGAGGGGUUGCGCAGCUAAAGAGGAAGCUGACACAGUGAGCGGGAUCCAUCCCGCUCGCUGUCUUGGCUUGUGCCAUAGCCGUGCGCAACCCCUCCGGCAGGGAGAGGUUGCGCACAGCCUGUACGCUGCUCUUGGGGGCUGGGGGGGAAAUAAGAUUUUUUUCUUGAUUUCCCCCUCUAAAAACUAGGUGCGCCCUAUGGUCUGGUGCGCCCUAUGGAGCGAAAAAUACGGUAGCUGGCCUCCAGUUGCAUACGGUUGAAAUCGCACAAGUUAGAUGCACGGGAGAUACGAUUGUAUUGUACACCAACCGAAACACAGCUUGCUGUCAAAAUUCACACGUUUUUGAAUUUUGCAAUGCUAGUUCUCCAGACAGGAAUAAUAAUUAUAAUCAUCAUCAUCAUCAUCAUCAUCAUCAUUGAUAACAUCAAUAAUUAAAUUUAUACCCUGUCCUUUCUCUGAAAAGAGGCCCAGGGAAGUGAUCAGUUACACAGAUUAAAAACAAGUAUAAAAAUUCUAAAACAGUUAAAAUGUUCUAAAAACAAGGGCAAUUUAAAACAUCUAAUAGUAGUUAAAAACAUUCUUCCCUUCCAAAAAUCUUAGGAUUGCCAGGAACAGUAUUCUUCAGCCCCCAACAGCUGGAUAAACAGGGAUGUUUUCAAAUUCCUUUUCAUCCUACCUCUGGUACCAGCAAACCAUGAUACCACUGGCUACCGGUUAUCAAUGGACAUUCAGAGAACAAGAGGUGCAAAGAGUCUUAAGAGAAGGUUAACCCACCCAUGUAAGGGAUGGCAUUUUUCCCACCCCGUGUUUUUUCAAUCAGCCCUGCUGGAAAAGACCACUAAGUGCAUCUUCCCGUUUUCCUGCUCUCAAUUCCCUGGGUCUUCUUUUUCUUCAGCUCCCUCUGGUGCCACUGACUCCAGCGCUGAGCAUUUUCAUCAAUGUCUACCUCAUGCUGAAACUCAACUACAUGACCUGGAUCCGGUUCUCUGUGUGGCUGCUCGUGGGUGAGUUUGGGGAUCGGGUGCACACAGACACACCCAAGAGCGAGGAGAAAAAUCGGGAGAAGUAAUGUGGAAGGAAACUUGCCUAAAAAAUUAAUAUAAUUACAGUGGUACCUCGGGUUAAGUACUUAAUUCGUUCUGGAGGUCCGUAUUUAACCUGAAACAGUUCUUAACCUGAAGCACCACUUUAGCUAAUGGGGCCUCCUGCUGCUGCCGCACCGCCGGAGCACGAUUUCUGUUCUCAUCCUGAAGCAAAGUUCUUAACCUGAAGCACUAUUUCUGGGUUAGCAGAGUCUGUAACCUGAAGCGUAUGUAACCUGAAGCAUAUGUAACCCGAGGUACCACUGUACUGUAAUCAGGGGUGCCAACUGUUGGGAUACUGCCAGGGAAACGGGGGCAUCAGGCAGGCCCCCAGCUGGCUCCAGCCACCUGCCGGCAGCCGGACGAUCACCAGUCUCCCUUGGAAUGGCAUCAAUCAGGGACGCAAGCCUCGUGCACGCUCUAUCAGCAGAGUGUGUAAAUCUUCUCACAGCAGAAGAGGCGGACAGAGCCAUGUGUAAGCAGUAUAUUACAGCAUUUUAUUCAGCAGCAGGAACAAAGGAAAAAACAUGUCUGCUUCCCUUCGUCUCCAGCAAAACAGCAGCAAUACAAAAGGAAUAUACAAACGGAAGUUCCCAGCAAGCGCUGGAAGUAAACAGGCAUGUGACACACAAUAGUCAUACCUGUACCCUUAUAAGGUGGAACGGAACUAUAUCCUAACACCAACUUGAAUAAAAUAUUGGGGGGCAGGUAAGCCCUACACCACAUAAUUGAUCACAUGACAUGGCACGCACACACCAUUUGAAUGGAAUGCCCAUCAACUUUGGGAACCCCGACCCUUUCAUUGGAAAUUUGUGGGGCUGUCCCCCUCUACUUGGCACCCCUGUAAUUAAAGAGGAUAGCAGACAAAAAUCCAUUCCAUUAUAGGAAAUGACUUUGAGAACAUGUGUGCAUUAGGAGAAAUUCACACCAAAAUACUGAUGAAUGUUAAUGAGGACUUAAAAAAUAAAUAAAUUGCAGACCACUAUGGGAAGGUGGGGAACUACUGAACUUAAGGCUGGGAAAAGGAGAAACCGGAUUUGACAGAUUUGCCCACCCUUAAUGUCUAAAGCAGUCUUCCCCAACCUGGGGCCCUCCAGACAGUUUGGACUGCAAUUCUCAUCACCCUCAGUCAGCAGUUGUCUCAUGCUACGGCUAAUGGGAGUUGUAGUAAUUAACAAAAACAAUAAUCCACACACACAGUUUAAAAGGCCAUAGAUUGUUUAAUUAGCCAGAGGCCUAGGAGAAGAGGAAUGUUUUUGCAUGGCGCCUAAAAAUAUGUAAUGAAGGCGCCAGAUGAGCCUCCCUGGGGAGAACAUUCCACAAAUGGGGAGCCACCACAGAAAAGGUCUUGUGUUGCAACCUUCCGGACCUCUCGCAGAAGGAGCACAUGAAGAAGGGCCUCAGAUGUUGAUCACAGGGUCCUGGUUGGUUCAUCUGGAGAUAGGCAGUCCUUGACAUAUGUAUAAUGGCAGGUGGAGCUGGAUCUAAGCAUUGCAACUGGGGGUUAGCCAAAGCGGUGCCCUUCAGAUGUUAUUUGAAUCAGCAUUUAUUAAAUUUGUUAGACGCCUUUCUCCCUACAGAAAUACAAAGUGCAAAAAGUCAAAAACGAAACUGUAGAAUAACAAUUUCUCUGCAAAGUAUUGAAAAUUACACAACCUCACAAGGAAAUCAACACCAGCAAGAUAAUCAUUAACUGAGAAAAAAUAGGAAAUUAGUAACAUAUAAAGCAGCCCAUCAAGGGACGCGGGUGGCGCUGUGGGUUAAACCACAGAGCCUAGGACUUGCCGAUCAGAAGAUCGGUGGUUCAAAUCCCCAUGACGGGGUGAUCUCCUGUUGCUUGGUCCCUGCUCCAGCCAACCUAGCAGUUCAAAGUGCAAGUAGAUAAAUAGGUACCACUCUGGCGGGAAGGUAAACGGUGUUUCCGUGCGCUGCUCUGGUUCGCCAGAAGCGGCUUAGUCAUGCUGGCCACAUGACCAGGAAGCUGUACACCGGCUCCUUUGGCCAAUAAAGUGAGGUGAGCGCCACAACCCCAGAGUCGGCCACGACUGGACCUAAUAGUCAGGGGUCCCUCUACCUUAAAGCAGCCCAUCGUAUUUCACCAAAAGCCUGCAAGUAGAAAAAGCAGAGUCUGUCCUUUUCCCAUCUGCCAGGAAACAAGAGGGGCCAAUGAGAGUCUGUGCCAGCUGGCUUGGGCUGAUGGGGAGCUGUAAUCCAAACCACCCGGGGAGGGCACCAGGUUGGGGAAGGUUGGUCUUAGAUGCAUGCCACCAUUCUGGGCUCUGGUGCUGGGUUUGGGGGGUUAAGGCUGCUGAUCUGUCUCUCUGUGCGUUCAUCUCCAGGUUUGCUGGUUUAUUUUGGUUACGGCAUCUGGCACAGCAAAGAGAACCUACGCGAGCCCACGGCACACUCGGUCUGUGCCCGCUACGUGGUUUUCCCAAGCGGCAGCCUGGAAGAGACAGUCCAGGCUGUGCAGCCCAGCACUCAGCCCUCUCAGGGAUUGGAGGAAAUGGCAGGCGAGGAAGAAGCCAAGAGGUGAUGCGGAGAGGCCUAACUUGGAGGAGACCCUUCCCUUUGACCACCACCCCCAGCCCACCCACCACUCUCCAGUGUUUUGGCAGAAAGGAGCCCUCGUCUGACUCAGCCAGGAAGACUCUGGGAGUGCUACUGAGCAGAGAUCCACUGCUUCUGCUUUCCUGCUUGGUCUGUAUUUCUGCUCUGGAAAGCUGGACCCAUCUUGCCAUUGAAAACUGCCCAGUCUAUCCUGCCCUCCAGCUUGGAACCGAGAGCUGAUCUGCAGACAGUCCGUCUCAACCCGCAGCGGAUGGGGGGGCGGGCUAUCUUUGUACUAUUCCAUUAUCUACGUGUUUCCCCCCUUUUCUUUCCUCCAGGCUGCUGCCCUGGCUGCCUGCAACCUUCAUUCCAGGUGUCCAAUUUAGAUUGUUUUGGGGUGGCUCCUGUUUGAUGGGUUCGUACAAAAGGGCAAGAUGGGAGGGGCAUCUUGUGCCAGCUUCAGGGGUCGGUUCUCAUUCCCAGACCGUUAGACGAGACUGUGUUGGCUCUGCUUUGACGGAAAGCUGUCUCUUGCCUGCCACAAAAUACGCUAGAGUAAAUGGUAUCUCUGCGUGGAACGAGGCAGAAGGCAUUUUCGCACUGUGAGUGUGUCUGUCUCUCAAUGAUGCCUGGUGGAUUGUGUAUGCCAGAAAGCAUGGACCACAACUGUCAUCAUCCCCAGCCGGCACAGCCUGAUGGUGAUGAUGAUUGAUUGAUUGAUUGACAACCUGCCCUUCACCCUAAGGUCCAGGGUGGUUUACGGCAUUAAAACACAACAUUAAAAGCAAUUUCAAACAACUUGCAACCAUAACUAUGUUGGGUACUAAAAAUAUACACCUCACGUCAAAAGCCAGAGUAAAGAGGUGCAUCUUCAGGAUCCUCUAAAAGCUGCAUAAUGAAGGUGCCAGAUGCACUUCUGCGGGGAGGGACUUCUCCAGUUUAGGGGCCACCACAGAGAAGGCCCUCUCCCAGACCGCCCCCACCCCAAGCCCCUGAGGGCAGAGGAACUACCAAGAGGGACUGCCCUGCUGAUCUCAGAACCCGAUGGUCUCUAGGGAACACUGUGGUCUGUCAGUAUUUGAGGCCUGAGUCAUUUCGGGCUUUAAACACCAACAUCAGCACCUUGAAUUGGGUCCAGAAGCGAGCUGUCAACCAGUGCAUCUGUUUUAAAAUGCGGGAGAUCUAAAUGUAUUACCCUAGCCAGUAAUCAGACUGCUGUGUUUUAGACUAAGUGAAGUUUCUAAAUCGUCUUCAAGGGUAGCCCCACGUAGACUGCAUUGCAGUAAUCCAGUCUGGAAGUUAAAAGAGCUUGGGGGUAGGUGUUAAAGUCCAGGUUGGUGAAGAAGGGAAGGGAUUUAUCACCUUCUCCACCAAAUCAACUUACCAUUUCUCAGCCCCUUCUGCCUUUUAGUGUUCGAUAACCAGCUCCCCCCUCUCAGCAGCUCAAAGGUGGCAUGGAUUGAACAGGUGCCAGCCAGGCAAACGAUACCUUAAUUGGUGACAACUCAAGUAUGCCCCACAAUACUAGGAGCUCCCAGAAUUGAACUUGGACAUGUACUUAAAAAAAAAAUCACACUAGAAAAGUUAAGUGUGUGUGUGGCCAUUCCUCAUUCUGGAAAUAUUCCAGUGGAAAGGGGCUAUAUACAAAAAGGUG